AUGUGUGUCGCUGGUAAUGUUAUUUUCAAAGGACUUCUGUUCCAGACAGCAUUAUAAUAAUUUCAGAGCGGGCAAGGUUGCUGCCUACUGCAAAAUGCACUCUCAACCCGGAAACAUGAGGAUGUUUAUGACAAUAAGGCAUCUAAUCCAAGAAUACAGUGGAGGCUACGAAUUACUGGGAGUGCCUCCUGUUACCGAGACAGCCACCAAGGAUGUCGUCUGUUUUCGAAGAUGCCGCUUGUUGCCGAAGGUGCUGCCCGAAACACAGAUCACUUCUAGCACUGCUACAGUGUGUGUGUGUGUGUGUGUGUGUGUGUGCAGUUGUACAGUAAGAAACGUGUUGACUUAACUGUAAGAUGACGCGUGUGAGGGCAGGAGCGAGCACCGCGGUGGUCCAGUGUAGUCACAAACACUCCCUCUAGCAGGAAGCAGCCAGGAGAACAAUCACAUUGCAUAAUCUAAGUGGAGAUGAAACUCAUGAAGAAAAUACUGUUCCUCCUCGUGGCGGCGAAGGGAGUCGCCAUUGAGAUUAGGGAGCAGGAACAACAACGAAAUUGGAAGGUGUACCGGCCGCACCCCUCUGACUCGUGGUCUACGGCUCCAUCCUGUACUCCUACUGGAGAAAUUUCAGCUUUCACCUUCCUCAACUUCGCCCUUGCUACGGCUCAAAUGGCCUCCAACAUCGCUAAUAACAUCGCCAAUAACAACAACAAUAACAACAAUAACAACAACAACCAAGUAAAUGUCAACAUUGCUAACAACAACAACAACAAUAAUAACGUGAAUGACAUCGACUUCAAUAGACCAAUAGGACGAAGCCAGUUCAGUAAUAAACUGUCGACACUUCUGAUGGAAGCCUGCAGAAUUACCAAUGCUACUAAAGCACUCUUCGACAAGCAGUCUCAUUCUCGCAGGUUCAUGACGCGAGAUAUACAGACUGAUAUCGAGAACUUGGUGUCGCUCGGGGUGAUGAAGGCACUUGCCAAAUGGCAUAUACCAGAAGCGGCUCCGCCAGUAGUCUCUUCCUCACCUCCGUCAUCUACUCCAGGCUCAGCUCUCCGGGGGAAUGGAAGGAGCCAGCAGGACCAUCCUAUCGUGGAUGUUGUUUCUAGGAUUCUCUGGCAACACAGUCACAGCGCAAGUCAUCAUUAAAAUCAACAUUACUUCAUAUUACUAUCUAAGAAUGAAUACUUAACAUUUUUACCUAUACAUCAAAAUACUACUUGUAAAACA